ACCGCCCAAUUCCGCCCACCUCGCGUCAUUGGCUCCUCUCAUGCGUGGCUCCUCCCCCUCUUAUCUUCCCGGGGCGGCGGCAUCAUGUCUCCCCAAGCCGAGCUUCACAUUUCACUCGUCCGUCGGCCUGGGAGGUGCCUGGGAUAAUCAGUGGUCAGGCUGGUGGUGUUCCCUCCCUCCCUUCUUAGCUCGGAGUACCUACCCACACAUCCUCUAUACCGACUGUCGGGAAAAAAAAAAGUAAAGGAACAGACAAUUCCCAAACUGUUGUUGUGAGUGCGCGAAAAAAAACAGUGACUAAAGUGAACGUCGGUAUGGCAGCGCGCGGGGUCCCCACAAGACAACGACUGCUGGGGAAUUGAGUGUUAGUGUGGUUGGUGGUGGUGUGGCGCGGGGAGUGCACUGGCGCGGCACCAUGGUCCAGGAGACUGAGGAUAUGGCCGGACACCACUACAGCACAGAGGUGAUGAAACCGAUGGCGCUGGAGAUGUGUGAGGGCUGCGGGCGGACCAUCCACGACCGGUUCAUCAUGAGAGUCAUCGACACAUCCUGGCACGAAGACUGCCUGGUGUGCUGCGUGUGUCGGGUGCAGCUGCAACACUCCUGCUUCGCCCGGGAUAGCAAGAUCUACUGCAAGCUCGACUAUGACAGGCUGUUCUCGGUGAAGUGCGCGGGGUGCGGGGACCGUCUGCUGCCCCACGAGCUAGUCAUGCGGGCCCAGUCUCUCGUGUUCCACCUGCACUGCUUCGCCUGCGUGGUGUGCUGCCAGGUGCUGCAGAAGGGGGAUCAGUACGUGCUUCGUGGCCACCAGCUCUUCUGCCGCGCCGACUACGAGAAGGAGAUGUUCCUGCUGCAGCAACACGGGCCGCAGAGUGAGUGGCUGUGUCCCCUUGGCGACGACUUCAUAGUGGACGACGGGUCGCGGCCUCGGGAUGGCAGGCGAGGACCCAAGCGACCCCGCACCAUACUGACGUCGGCACAGAGGAAGCAGUUCAUGGCCUCCUUCAGCGUGUCUCCGAAGCCCUGCAGGAAGGUACGGGAGCAGCUGGCCAAGGAGACAGGACUGAGCGUUCGAGUGGUGCAGGUUUGGUUCCAGAAUCAGAGAGCCAAAAUGAAGAAGCUGCAGCGGAGAGCCAAGCAGACAGAGCACAACAACAACAACGACAAGGACGACAAGGAUGACAAGGGUGACGUCGCCAAGAAGGAAGGAGGCGGAGAGGGCCAGUAUGGUGGACUCACUCCCAUUGAUUCUCUGGACUCGCCCUACGCCACUACGCCCAAGAGUUCUGCCGUGCCAUAUUCCCCCGAAGGCGAAAGCUUCCCAGCUCACAGUGGUGACUCGUUCUGCGGUUCUGACAUUAGCUUCGAGGAGGGGCGCAUGGACCAGUUUGACGACCAAGGAGAGAUGUCGUCUGGAGGAGGCGCAGCGCCACCUUCCACCCAGGCGCCGCCCGACGUGCCGACGAUGGUGGGCGUGACGGGCAGCAUUUACCCUCAGAUCAACCCGAUUGACAAGCUCUACCUCAUGCAGAACUCCUACUUUGACCACUGACGCCAGCCCCUCUCUCGCCCUCCCGACACCCUCAAGCUGGGAGGUGUUGUCGCCAGGCUGAAGGAGAGUGAGACGCGGGGGCUGACAUCCCAGCUACCAGAGGGCGCCAAUCCUGGGGUGGGGGGCUGCCUGGCCAGAGGGGUCGGGGCCAUGCCUGUGGCGGGCUCCUUGCCGAGAUUAGGCGGCCUCCCCGUGGUGGGUCGCCUCCCGACGUGGGAAUUCCCUUACUAACUUUUUGAGACGGAGAAAACACGACCGGCGGUGGGGCGGGGCCGGGCUGCUGGCGGUUGACCCACGCCCACCGCCGCCCCGGCCCACCCCUCUUCAGAAUUGAUGUGCAUGAGGGGUGGGGGAGAACAAACGACGUCGGAAAAGUGAGGGUCUGCUCAGUGCCUGCCGCCGCCUCGCCCCCCGCAGCUCGGCAACUCGAGGCCAGCAUCAACGCCCAACGCGGCAGCACCUCCACGCCCUCCGCGGGCACCACUCAGCCUGCAGAAGCGCUUCAAGGUCGCCUCGGCACGCGAUUCGUCGGCCUGUCCUGGGCUGCAGCAGCUGCGGGGUGGCGUGUCGGGGCGGGGCCUGUCCCUCGCUGGGCGGCGCCGUGUCCCUGAAGGCUUGCUGUCACGGGGCGUCUUUCUUCCUGCCGGUCCAUGAACCAUCCUGUGAUGACCAGGCGCUGAGAGGAAGCCAGCUGAUGACGUGCGCUCGCGUGUAUGUGUUGCCUGCUCGCGCGUGGACAACCCAAGUGAAGUGACUCUGUUACUGAAAGAAAAGACUAUCUGAAAUUAAGUACUCCUGAGCCGGUGAGAGUGCCCUGGCCCGCGCCCCGACGCUUGUAUGUACAAAUGUGGCGAUGGAAACAAAACAUUUUACUCUGUUCACUUUUAA